AUGUUCCGGCCCAAGGCGAGCGUGACAAGUUUGGUGGGUCGUUCAACUGUUCUAGGUGAGAAGGACCGGAAGGGUUUGCGGUCGCAGUUUCUAGCGCAGUUCCCGAAGUGUACGAAGGAGGACUUUGAAUCAGUGUGUCCGGCGUCGUCUACAUUGUCGGUUUUUUCUUUGAAGGGAGUUUCAUGUGACGUCUACGUAGCAGAGUCAUUGCCGUUGUUCAUGACAUAUUCUGCGAAGAAGAAAAAUGCUGCGUUGGUGCCGACAAUCUUCACCUUGUGGCGACUACCAGACCUGUUGCCGGUAAUGUAUACAUUGGAGGAGGCGGUAGUGUAUAUGGUACGUGGUGCGGAUUUCAUGAUACCAGGGUGUGUGAAUCGGGCAGCAUUGAUUGAUGCGGCAUCUCAGGAUGGAUGCGUACGUGAGCAGUUGCAAGAGGGCAAGCACUGGGCAUUGAAGACAGUGGGCAAUCCGUAUCCAUACGCGGUUGGUGAGUGCUGUAUCUCAGCCGACGAAUUCGCAACCGCCACGAGGGGUAAAGCCCUCAUGAUCACACACGUCAUUGGCGAUUUGUUGUACAAAAUGGGGCAGGAGCAUGUAGCCGAACUACCACCGGGCUUCACGCACACGACUGUGGAGUCUCUGCAUCCAAGGUCGGGUGUGGAAGACGAGGACGGAAAGGCUGAGGGAGAGAUCAAGGGGGAAAAAGGUGCGCUUGCCGCGGAUGAAGAAGAAACCGGCGAAGACACUCGCCAGAAAGCUCUGGAGGCCAACAAGAAGCUACGGUUCCCACCAAAUGCCGUGGAGGCCGUCAUAGAGCUCGUCACUCUCGAUGUACUCAAAAAACGAUACUCAAACGAGCAAUGCCCAGUCAGCGCCAGCUCGAUUUGGGGCGUGGUACUCGCCCACAUACCGAAAGCCGUCCAGGACGCCGAGAUCACUGUCCACAGCUGGCUGGAAGCUCGGGGUGUACACAUAGGCUCCGUCGAAGGUAAAAAACCAGACGCCCAGUCGGAAGUGGCAACGGAUAACCAGGACAGCGAUGCGGAAGCGGAAGCGGAGGAGGAAGCGGAAGCGGAGAAAGCGGAAGCGGAGGAGGAAGCGGAAGCGGAGAAAGCGGAAGCGGAGAAAACGGAAGCGGAAGCGGAGGAAGCGGAAGCGACUGGCUCCGUCGUGCGAGACGGGUGGACCGUAUCGCAAAUGACGGCAAUCGACUUGAAGCAAACGUCGUGGAAGACGGCUAAGAAGUAUGCACACCAUUUCAAGCAGAUGAAAAUCUGGCAAGUCAAGGAGAUCCGGGGCGAAAUGGUGGUAAUUAAGAUCAACUUCAACCAUCCGCUCUUCAAACAGUACUUUGUACUGCCAUUGACGGUUGUCGCAGAGGUGGGUAAGCCAAAGCAGACGACGCAAAAGGUAGAGGAUGCGAAAAAAUUGUCGCAGAAACCUCUUAGAGCUCUCAAUGUCUAUCAGCCGCUGACGACAGUAAAGGACAUUUUGGGCAAGACAGGUGCUCUGGACGAUAAGGAUAAGACGUACUUGACUACGUCGGAAAUUAGCGCCGCAUUAGCGAAAGCCAUUGAAUUAUCGAACACGAGUGCACAAGAAUUCCCCAGCGUCGGACAGGACGCAGAUCCCACCCCCACCACUCGAACCAACGACUGGACCGCCGUCGUGCUACGGGAUCCUGCUUUGUCCACUUUAUGUUUGAAUAAGAAAGAUCGUCUGGCACUCCGUAGCGGAGAAAAAAAUACCGAUUCGGUCACGCGUAAGGAUCUGACCGACAAAUUUAUUCAACAAGGCUUCAAGACCAUUUCUAUCCUGGCACCCAUGGGUACGACCGUGGAGAAUGCGCUCAAAAAUCCUUCCAAAGAUCUCAUUGUUAUUGAGGGUGACGCCAAAAUCUCCAUCUCCGUCAAAAAGACCAAGCGAUUCAUUAGAACGCAGAUCGCUGGAAUACACUACUUCCCCAAUAUAGAACCGAAGUCGCUAGCGGAGAAGCUCCAGAAACAGUGCGCGGCUGCAGCUACCGUUUGCGAAGUCGAAGAUGUCAAGGGCAAAAAUAAACCGCAAGGAGUCCUAAUCCAAGGCUCGGUUGCGCCGGAAUGUCAAAAAUUCAUCGAGACUAAUUACGGUAUACCUUCAACAAUGAUCGAAAUACUCUAA